UUUCGACACGCUCUACAUCGGGGCUAGAUUGACGCUACCGAAAGUCACGCACGCGUCCCAUCCGAGUACACCAAAGUAUACGUAUUAUCGUCGGUUAUAGUUCUCGUCCCAUCGCAGUCGUUGCUGACGCAACAGGCACUCAGAGUGCUGAAGCACUUACCGCGGUCCCGAGGAAUUCCAAAGCGACGAGCAAAAAGCAACAGAACCCACGGCGGCAGCGACCGCGGUCAAAUCGGUCACGGCGGCGAUCGCCAUGAACGACACGUCGGACGACAACAUUUACGAACCGUACUCGAACCGACCGGAGACGUACAUCGUGCCAGUGGUGUUUGCCUUGAUUUUCGUCGUGGGCGUACUAGGCAACGGCACGCUGGUGUUGGUGUUCAUCAGGCACCGGAGCAUGCGCAGCGUGCCUAACACGUACAUACUGAGCCUGGCACUGGGCGACCUGUUGGUCAUCAUCACGUGCGUGCCGUUCACGUCCACCGUGUACACGGUCGAGUCUUGGCCGUACGGCGAGCUCAUAUGCAAGCUCAGCGAGGCCACUAAGGACGUGUCCAUCGGCGUGUCCGUGUUCACGCUGACCGCACUUAGCGCCGAGAGGUACUGCGCCAUUGUGAACCCCAUCCGACGGCACGUGUCAUCAAAGCCGUUCACAUUGAUGACAGCCGUAGCCAUAUGGAUAUUGGCCGUGGUCCUGGCCACGCCGUCGGCCACGUUCUCGCACCUGGCCACUGAGUCGAUACCCAAUACGAACCUGACCAUCGAGUACUGUUACCCGUUUCCCAUGGAACUGGGCAGCGGUUACGCGCAGGGCAUGGUGUUGUUCAAGCUGCUCGCGUACUACGUGGUGCCGCUGUUCGUGAUCGGGUGUUUCUACCUGUUGAUGGCCCACCACCUGAUGGUGUCCACGCGCAACAUGCCCGGCGAGCUGCAACACGCCGGCCAGUCGGGCCAGAUCCGGGCCAGGAAGAAGGUGGCUAAGAUGGUGCUGUUGUUCGUCGCCAUAUUCAUGGUCAGCUUUCUGCCGUACCACGUGUUCAUGGUGUGGUUCCACUUCAACCCAUACUCGCGGGACGAGUACGACGACUACUGGCACGCGUUCCGCAUCGUCGGCUUCUGCCUGAGCUUCAUCAACUCGUGCGUGAACCCCGUGGCGUUGUACUUCAUUAGCGGAGUGUUCCGCAAACACUUCAACCGGUACCUGUUCUGCUGCUUCCCGUUCGCUCGGUCCGGCCCGGCCACCGUCGAGUCCACCAUCCAGGACAUCAACUUGACGCACAUCAACAGCACGUCGUGCCGGCGACUCAACUCGGUCGUCACCAGCCACGCGACGACGCUCAGCCACGCCACCUGACGGGCGGCCGGCGGCAGCAGGCCCACCGCCAACGGCAAACGCCCCGAAGACUGCAACGUCGUCUGAUAACGAUAUUGUUGUAUUAUAACGCCGGUGACGAUGGCGGCG